AUGAUACGGAACUCCUACCAAUCAGCAAAGUCAGUCCAUACUGGAGGCACUGAGCCAACGAUAGAAGAAGAGAAUCCAACACCUGCGCCGCUCAGACCAACAUCUCUGACGCCGUCGGCCAAACAAGCUUCGCAAUGGCUACCUCCACCGCAACAGCCUCAGCAUGGCGAUUUCGGUCUGAUGACGACGGAGCCUCACUCUGUUGAUCACUCCCCCAACCACAGCACCAUGACUGUCGACCAGCAGCUGCGUCCAGCUUAUGACCGUCAUACCUCAGGCGAGUACCCAGGCCUAGCAAACGACGCACCAACACCCACACCCCAGAAAGAUACAGAGUCGGCAUACUUCGGAGGUCGGCCUCGACAACGCGCUUCCGCCCUCUCUCAAGACAACACUUCCAUGAGAGGCACUCUCCCCCGAUACGCCCCUUUAGGCAACGGCAACACCCCGCGUCGCCCACAAUCCAUCCUCUCCACCCGCCAAAACCCCUGGGAAGUCUACGACCCGGACGACCGCCCCCUCAGCAACCAAGGCUCCUCCGGGACGCCCUCCAAAACCAAACCCAAUCGCCGCGGCACGUCCUUCUACAUCGUGCGCGAAAACGGCAGCGACGCCGGCCCGCCCGACGAACUCCUCCGCCUCCCCUUCACGCACUGGAUCCAGGGCUCGCUCCGCAACCACUUCGUCGCGUUUCUCGGCGAGUUCAUCGGCACGACCAUGUUCCUCUGGCUCGCCUUCGCGGGGACCAUCGUCGCCAACGUCGGCGCGAAGAAGAGCGCAGAUAGCACGACCACCAACGCCACCGUCGGUUUCAGCCCGAUCGUGAACCUCUACGUCGCGAUCUCCUUCGGCUUCAGCCUGCUCGUCAACGUGUGGAUUUUCUUCCGCGUCAGCGGCGGGCUGUUCAACCCGGCUGUGACGCUGGGCAUGGUCAUGACGAAGACGAUCAAUUACAUCCGAGGGUUCCUCCUCUUCGCCGCGCAAAUCACGGGUGCCAUCUUCGCGUCGUUCCUCGUGCAGGUGAUGUUUCCCACGGAUUUCAACGUGCGCACGACGCUGGCGGAUGAUACGUCUGUCACGCAGGGGGUUUUCAUCGAGAUGGUUCUCACCGCGCAGCUCGUCUUCACGGUGUUCAUGCUGGCGAAAGAAAAGCACAAAGCGACGCAUCUGGCUCCGAUUGGCAUCGGGAUGUGUUUAUUCAUCGCCGAGAUCGUCGGCGUCUUCUUCACGGGUGGGAGUCUCAACCCCGCGAGGAGUUUCGGGCCCUGUGUCGUGGCGGGCAAAUUCGACGCGGAACACUGGAUCUACUGGGUGGGUCCUUGCUGCGGGACGCUCGUGGCUUAUGCUUUUUAUCGGUUUAUUAAGAUUUUGGAGUAUGAGAUGGCGAAUCCCGGGCAGGAUCAUUCGGCUGAGGAGGCGGAGGCUGCGAGGUCGAUGAAGAGGGCGGAGUCGUUUGUUUGA